AUGAGCGGCAUCAACCGCAACUUUUUGCAAGAACAUUUCGAAAUCACUUCUGACGACGUCGUCAAGUCAAAGCAGGGACACAAAAGGCAAGAAAGAAACAUCAAAGAGUUCCUAGCCAGCAGAGGAAGCGUUCCUCUCACACAGGUGAUGGAGGUGUUCUCGGUCCCCAGAAAAUGGCUUGCCUCUCACGAGGAUUUCUUAGUGCAGGGAGGGCGAAUACGGCUUCGAAUACGACAGACAGACCAACCGGAGGUCGAGAUUGUGGAGGAGCACGUGGGAGAUUUGCUUGGGAUGCGGCCGAGACAAGCCGCCUCCGCGCAGCAAGAGAUCGCUCGCCUCCGGGUCUUCCUGAUGAGCAAGGUCGCACGGCUGCCUACAUCUGUGCGAAACAGCGCCCUACGGCGGCUGAAAGCCAUGUGGCAUCCAGAUGCCACCCCUGCUCAAUACCUCGGUCAUGAUGCCGUCAUUGCAGAGGUCUUUCGCUUCCUCUGCACCAUUGAAGUAGCGCCAAGUGGUUUUCACAUUCCGUGA